GAAGAGGAAGAGGACGAGCGAAACGGGGGGUUAUAUAGGGCACGGUGGCGUUGUUGUGAGCGCUGUUGAAGCAGUCACGACAGUGAGUUGAUAUCAAGAGAAGAAGGAACACUUCUAAGAUCUUGACAACCGUCGCCAUGGGCCGCAAAAGAGUACGGAGAACGCCAACAACUCGUCCCCAAUGCGUCCUGAUGAACUUAGGGCUAAGUCUGGCUCUAUACAAAAGCGGGCCGAGCUACUGCAACGCUAACCCAGCCCUACAAGAGCCUCAUGGGGCGUAUAUCCACAGAGGCGAUCCAGAUAUAAACAUUAUUCCAACGGCAACUUCUCGUCCACUCGCUUCCUUCCCUGCUCAUGUCGAAGGGCGUAGACCAUGGUUCCGCCACUCGGUGCUAUAGCAACUAAUCACACCACCACUCAAAACCAGCAAGCACCGAGAACCCGCCUGCCUACAUUG